AUGUCGGCCGGACAAAUUACGUUGUUUGACCUGCCCAGCAAGGAGCCAUGCUCAACCUGGUCGCUGAAUCCAUGGAAAACUCGAAUGCUCUUCAACUUCAAAGGCAUCGACUACAGAACAGAAUGGACUGAGUACCCAGACAUCAAACCCAAGUUCCAGCCUCACCUCCCUCCCAAUGAAACCGGCACUCCAUACACCAUUCCCACCGUCAAGCUCCCAGACAACACCUGGAUCAUGGACUCCCGCAAAAUCGUCGAUCACAUUGAGAAGUCACACCCCGAGCCCUCUAUGCAUCUUGAAUCUCCGUACCUCGCCAAAUUAGAAGACCUUCUCCCCAACGUCUUUCAAUACAUGCGUGCGAUUUGCUACGCCCGCGUCCCAGUCAAUUUACUCAACGAAGUCAGCAUCGACUACUGGUACACAACUCGCGCCGAAAGGAUCGGCAUGUCCGUUCAGGACUUUGAAAAGAAUCACGGAGGGGAAACUGCAUAUUCUAGCGCGGAGCCGCACCUCCAACAAGUAACCGCUCUUUUGAGGGAGAAUAGCGAUGGGCCCUUCUUUAUGGGUAAGACGGUGUCGUAUGCUGACUUUGUUUGGGUUUCUGCAUUGGUUUUCUUUAAGAGGGUAGAUGAGACAGUUUACCAGGAGGUUUUAAAGAGAACUGGAGAUGAGAGCAUUCACAUUAAGCUCGUGGAAGCUUGUCAGCCAUGGUUGAAGCGCCACGACCAUUGA